UAAAAUGUUCGAAUAAUUGACAUUGAGAAAUGGAAAAGUUGCUCGUUUUGCAUGAAAAUAAAGAGUACUUUAACGAAUGUGCUGAUAUUCUAAAUGAAGAAUGGAAAAGAAGUACAAACGCAAGGUUACAUUCCCUACAGAAAUCAUGCGAUAGUUUCCCCACCUGUUUAAUUAUUGUAAGGGACAUUGGUGGAGUGAAAACUGUUGUAGCUCACAGCAGAUUAUCAAAAGUUCAGGGGAAAGCCAACUCAUGUUUAGUGGAAUCAGUUGUUGUAAAGAAAAGUCUACGGGGCAAAGGAUAUGGAAGGAAAAUUAUGCUUGAAACGGAACAAUUUGCAAAGAGCAAAGGAAUCAAAACAAUAUAUCUGAGUACCCAUGACAAGCAGAACUUCUACAAACAUUUAGGAUACGCCUUCUGUGACCCUAUAGUCAGCUUUGGUGUAAAUACAGAUAUUUUACCAGAGGGUUUUUUGCAAAAGUUUCUACCAGACAACUCAUCAGCUGAGAGAGAAAGUGGCAAAAGUUCUGAGAAUACCUCCAUUCCUACUUCAGGGUCACCUGUAGUGCCCCCCUCUGCAGCCCCACCCCCACCACCCCCUCCUCCCCCACCCACAGGGGUCACCCAGAAAGAAAGACCAGAUAUAGUUAGAUGGGAUCCUAGUGCAAUAUCGUGGAUGAAAAAAGAUAUUUAAUGAACCAGUGAUGAUCCAAGCAUGUCGGAUUCUCUGCCGAUGUCGGAGGGGGGUGAAGUUCGUGACCCGCCUGAUGGCUCUGGGGAGCAUCCUCUGUCUGCUGUACUUUACUUUGAUGACCUUCACAGUGACGGGUU